AUGGACGUUUUCAGCAUGCUCAAGUUCUGGAGGUACGCCGGAGGUGGAGAUCCAGAUUUUGCUUCCUCUCUCGACGAUGAAGAGUCGUUCUUCGAUUUGGUGUUCACUAAUCCAGGUGAUGAAAACGACAAUGAAUGUGACGCGUCUCCUGAUGUCAACCUCUUUGGUGGUGAUUCCAAAUCGAGUUUCAGAUUUUCGUAUCCUGAUGAGGUUUAUUCGAGGAAUAAUCGGAAGAUUUUGCCUCUCGGUUCACCGAAAUCUCCUCUUCGAUCGUUGAUUCCAGGGUUUCAGAAUACCAAAUCGAGAUUAGACAAAGAAACUUUCGAAAUUGAAGAAGUUAAGAUCGGAUCAUUGCUUAAGAGAGAUAACAGUCUGAGACAUAAAUUGCAAACGGAGAAGCUUCUGGAUAAUGAUCAGGUUCCUUCUAAGCGUUUCUCCAAGGACGUUGUGAACAAGUAUCUGAAUCUGAUUAAGCCUUCAUACGUAAAAGUUUCAAAGAGGAAUAACGAGAAAUCGAGGUUACAGGAGAAAUCCAUCACGCCGUCGUCGUCUCCGGCAUCAUCGGUUUUCUCCCCGAGAAAGGAGGAGAAAAGAGGCGGUGGUGGUCGUGGUGCCGUGUUCAGAGAAGUUCGUAAGCAUUUAGGAAAGAGCCGUUCGGCGUCAGCAAUCCUACAAACGCCGGCGACGAAGAGCGAUGAUUCAGCGUUGGAACAACAGGACAGUAUCCGAAACGCGAUUCUCCAUUGCAAGAGAUCAUACAACUCACCUUCAAAAGAUUGUUGUGUGCUUUCGAGAUCUGGAAGUGCUCCAUCAAACAACGAGCUACGAAUUUCCAUUGAUGUGGAAAACAGAAGCAGCAUUUGA